GAGCUCAGAGUAUACUGAAAAGACGAAAAGAGCCAGAAGUAACUGCUGACGUAGCUUCUGUCCUCAGACUGUGAGACUCCUGAACAUCCUCAACAACACAGACUGCUUUGGUUUCUGUCCGUCUGUCAGGAAGCAUUAAAUGAGUCAAACUAAUUUUACAACCCUGGUGUUGUCAAAUGUUUUCUAUCAGAUCAGUAGGAAUUGUUGUGCUGCUCAGACAGACUCACACUCUGGACUGUAUAGACUUCAGACACGAGAGCGCCACCGACCAUCAGAAGCUCCGUGUUAAAUUCCAAACUUAAUGUCUGCAGGAGAUCAAACAAACAGAUUUCUUCAGUCAGUCUACAUCAAUAAGAGUUUUGGUGUUUUUAAUACGAGCUGGAGGUUUUUUGUUUGGAAAUGAAGCAAACUUACAACCAUUCUUUCAUUCAUCAAGGCAGAAACUGCUGUCAAAUAUUAAUGUUCCCCAUCUUUGUUUUUAAUGAGUACGACUGAAGGUCAGUGUCAUGUCCAUGGCUGUCGGCCAUUUUGUCCCUCUGUCUUUCACAGACAGACCACAAGUGUCACGUAAAAUAUUAAUCAAGUAUUUAACUAAUUGUAAUUUAGUCUAUUUUAAAGUAAUACUUUAUUUUAAUGAUGCUGAUAUUUAUUGAACAAAGUAUCAAUCAAUAUAAUAUUGUUUCAUAAUGAAACUAGUAAUUAUACAAUAAAAUAUGAAUUGUAGGGAAACGUUUUACUUUACACUGUUACACUUUAUUUGUCCCCAGGGGCAAUUACAGGAAGUUAAUAAAGUCGGCUGACAUUAUGUGUAGACUCAUGUGUCAAGUACGAUCUGUAACGAAGGACCUUAAUUUAUUUAUGUACCAAUACUUUAUAUUUUGUGUUGAUAUAUAGCAAAAACCCAUGUUGUCUGAAGAUGUUAUUUCCUUUAACAGAUGUGACAGAAUUACUCUGAAGGCCCGGUGGCUGCGGUCCGGUCCGGUCCUGCUCAGUCUGUGUGACUUUACGCAGCUCUCCUCUUUCUUUCUUCACAGCAGGUUUUCUGUCUUCGUUGCGUGCGACCGCUCAUCCGAGAGCGAGCAGGCUUUAACUUCUGAAUGAAAAACUUGUGUGACUGGUGGGACGGAGAGAAAACAGAGAAAACUGAGAAAACAGAGAAAACAGAGAAAACAGGCCUUAAAGGUUUCAUCAGGAGACCGACAGCAGCGGGUUUACACUUAAAUGAUACAAACGAUUAUUCCCUAAAAAACACGACUAUGAACAAACUUAUCACUAUCAUCAUCAUUAUUAUUAUCAAUACUUAAGGGUGUGAAUCACAAGUUUAAUCAUGAUAUUAUUAAAUUACGAUAUUAUAUUGAUUCUUUGGACAACAAUACAAUAGUUGCCGAUAUCACAAAGUCUCUGCCUCGAUUGAGUUCGAUACAGGGGCCUGCGAUCGAUAUGAGGUGACAUCAUCAAUCUGCUGUUUGUAAUAAAAACAAAGCCUGUUCAGAAAAGGAGCAGAGCAUUGAUCAUAGAAUCUUUAUAUUGAUCCAGAUCAGUGUAUUGGUACACCCCUAAUUAUUACUAAUUCCACCACUAAAGAUAAAAAAAAGGUCUAAAAAUAAAUUGAUUUUGAAAAUGUCACAGUUUAAAGAAUAAAUCCAAUAAUUUGACAUUUAAAAUGAUAAACAAUACCUAAGAAUAUAAUUCUACUCCGGGAAACGUGUUUUCCUGCCGUAUCAGCGUGAGAGACAGAUGGUCUGUACAGCAGACGAGCUGUCAGGCCUGCUGCACUGCAUUUGUCAUCAUUAGAGGCAGUGACGCCUGCACACACUCCACACAGCACACACUCCACACAGCACACACUCCACACAGCACACACUCCACACAGCACACACUCCACACAGCACACACUCCACUGUGGUUUGCUUUGCAGCAACCCCUACUGUGUGUGACAAGCUGUGACAGCCAGCCCAUGUAAGGAGAGUACGCUCACUGUUACUAUAGAAACAAGUAAACUGUGCACGGCUAAGAGAAGAAGAAGAAGAGUUGGCUGCACGGACGCAAAGGCCAGCAGGAGUUUGCUCGUAGAGAGUUUCAGUGUGUUUAGAAGUUGGAUUUAUUUUCUCGUGCCAGCAGAGGAAACGUGACGUGCGUCUCCUUCACGCUGCUGUUACUCAGAGAUGCCACUUGCACCGAAGUCGUCUGCGAGCUCGGCCAAGCUGCAGACCACGCUGAGCUCCUGGACUCCUCUGAACCACCUGCUGUCCAACAGCAAGGUGUUUGCAGAGAGACGCAGCCUUCUGGCUAAGUGGUUUGACAGGUGGUCCGACAGUCAGAGGAAGGCGGUGCUGCAGGACUUGGUGCUGAGCUGUUCCUCAGAGCAGCUGGUGUUCCUGAGCCUCAGCGUCAACAGACGGCUCCCCCUGCAGGCUGCAGACUUCACCUGCAUGCUGCCCAGAGCGCUCUGCCUGUACAUCUUCUCCUUCCUGGACCCUCGCAGCCUCUGUCGAUGUGCUCGGGUGAGCUGGCACUGGAGGAGCAUCGUAGAACUGGACCAGCUGUGGAUGCCGAAGUGUCUAAGGCUCGGCUGGUGCAUCAGCUUCUCCCCCACAGCCUUUGAGCAGGGCGUCUGGAAGAGACACUACAUCCAGACUGUGCAGGAGCUGCGACUCGCCUCACUGCAGACCUCCUGGUCCCAGCAGCCAGUAGCAGUUCCACAUGUAUCAGCCAUCAGCAGUGCACAUGAAGACCCGUCAGAACCGGACCUCCUCGGGGAGGAACAUCCAGCAUCCGGCACCCUGCCAUUUAGAAACAUCUCCAAGAAGAGGCAGCAGUCUGCACCGCCUCCGUGGAGAGACUCGGACAGACAUCCUAAAGACACGCUACGCUUCAACUACCUGGACAACCUGGACCCGACAGAACCAGUCCAGAAAGGGCAGAUGAACAUCAGAGCCUCCACCUGCUGCAGUAACCAGUGGAAGCCAGACGACGGGAGCAGGAAGUCGCUGUCUGAGGCACAUUACAAACUACGCAAAGCCAAAUCGCUGAUGUUCCUCAGCUCCAACUCAAGACCCCAAGAACAUCCUCCUCCUCCUCCUCCUCCUCCUCAGUGUCGACCCUCCUGGGCGACCUGCAGUCAUGACCAUCCCGUCACCAAGGAGACGGCCAGCAGCCUGCUCCAUCUGGCCCGCUGGAACGCCGGGAUUCAUCCGGGACCAGCGAGGCCGGCGGUGCCUCGGCUGAGCGUGGAGGCGCUCAGGGCGUCGCAGCGUUCACACCGGAGCACUCCCAGUACGCCGCUGUUUGAGGUUCAGCCCUGGACCGUGUUCUCGUCACACAGGUGAGACGUGGAGUGAAGAACAUCGUCAGAACCACAGAUCAGAUCAGGACAAAGAGUCAAGCCCCAGAACUUACUAACUAACUAACUAACUAACUAACUAAAGGACCCAGAGAGGUUUGACCUCCUGAGGGUUGUGAAGCAGAAAUUUGUUUUUUUUUGUUUUUUUUUAAGUAGACAGAAUUUUGCAUGUCAUGAUAUUUUGAUAUUUUACCAUUUCUGUUCAAGUAUAUCCUUUAAUUAUAUCCUUUUAUAUCCUUUAAUAAUUUUUCACACAUGUGACUUCUUAAAGAUGACUGAAGAUAUUUUUAUAUUUUUGAUCGAUAUUUUUGGUCCAUGUUUUGUUUUUCCCCACACAGUCCCACAGAAAAGCAGCAAAUGGUGGCGGAGAAAGUACAUAAAUAAAUAUAAGUUUUAGAAUUAAUAAACUACGACGUCAUUUGAUUUCAAGCUCGUACAAAAAGCCAAAAGGAAACAUCCGUCUGUAUAAGAAAUGUACCACCUUUAUUAUCCAAUUCACACGUCCCAUUCAAUAUGCAAUACAAAGCCAAAGCAAUUUAUAUAAACAGUAAGUCUGAACUCUGAACAUAUUAAACAAAAACUGUCAGUUUAAGACAAAAAGAGAAACAAACUGAUUCGGUGUCAGAUUGAACACACAGUAGCAUCUCAGGCAGAGAAGAAGGAGCGUCGUGAACAUCAGCCGCGACACAAGACGUGACACUUCAGUCAGAUAUGAAAUAUCCGUAUCAUACGUACGCCUCGUUUCACUCACCGCAUAUAAAACAUUGCAUUCAAUGUACAGCUCACACACACACACACACACACACAUAUAUAUAUUACUAAAUACAAGAGGAUCAAAAUAUAAACAGACUGAAUAAUGAACGGUAGAUACCUGACUUGUUAAUUUAAUGCGUUAAUGACUAUGGUUCAUUAUGUUUAUGGCUUGUGGAUGAAAUAAAAAGUAUUUCUGUGUUGAAACAUAAAAAUACUUUCUCCACGAGUUCACAGGUUCAGGCUUUAAGACCACGACGUGCUCCAUGAUGAGUGAUGACAGUUUAUUAUUAUUAUUGAAACUUAGUAAAGUCUUUACAGCUGAUCCAAGUAUUUAGUAGUCGUUUGCUUUCAGUUCGCACACAGUAAAAAAAGGAAAAGAGCCACAAUUCAGCUUGCAGCCGUCGAGAUUGUCUGACAUUGUGAGAAAGUUAGUUUGAGUGCGUUAGGGUUACAUGCGUAUUGGUUAUGAUAAGCAGACGGUCAUCAGUCAUUUCUGUGAAUGAGGCUUUGAUGUACAAACUUUGAUAUCAUUUAUUUAUUAUUUAGCCAAAAUGUGAGAUUUUUUGGCCUUUUCUAAUAGAGAAACACAUUUUCUGUUCAAUGCUGAAGCCACGAUAAAGUCACUGAAAACAGGGACAAACAGUCGAUUCUAAUUUAGUCUUUCUUCAUCGUGGCCUUUUCAAAGCUUAGGAACGCCGACAAACUGGAUCUUACUGGCUGUGCAAAGUUAGUUUGAUGUUCACAGUGGAUUUAUUUUAACAGUUGCACAAUGAUUGAGUCUGAAAACAAUAAAGACAAAUACAGAAAACAUCCUGAUGGUUUUAGCAAUACAUCAUACAUCAAACCAAAUCGAUCCCUCGUGCUCACAAUAUUUAGCCCUUCACUGCAACACAAAACAAAAAGUCCAACUUUUAACAUCGAUUGAUUUCAUAUCCUGUCAUUAAAGUGAAAACACAGAAACAACUUCACUUGUUUUAACAUACGUCGAACUUUCAACCG